AAAACAAGCUGCAGCUGUGUAGCUAACUCAGCGGAGAAUAUGAACAAAUUUUAAAGUGGCAAGGGGCACCUAGCUAGGGGCACAGGCAUCCACGGGGGAACGUACCCCCCCCCCCAACGCCAUGGAUUGUGGAUAGAUAAGCUAGAAGGGCGCCACCGAUCCUGCCUGUAACUUCAAAAGACUGGCAACUGGACGUAAAUAUGAGUUCUAGCGUCGUGGUUGGAAAUUGGGUACCCUUUCACAAAGGCUCAUUGCGGGAAAACAUCCUGCAUACAAGUUUUGUGUGACUUGAUCUGGUGGAUGACAGGUGGUGUCACUCAGAGGAUCUAGAGGAAAGUUACGUGAACCAUAAUGCCGAAACGCAGACGAGAAUCUGAAUUUGGAUUAAGCACCUUAGAGAAGGUGCAACAGACUCUGCGAAGGCGUGUUUGCCGAAUUGAAAUUCCACCUAAAGAAAUCAUCGAAGAAAACCUCAAAGAACAAAGACAGCAUCUUGUGGAUCUGAUCAGCAGAUGUGCAAUCAGAGGAGAGGGUAACUCGGCGUUAGUCACUGGGCCUCAUGGCAGCGGUAAAACAAUGCUGGUGUCAAGCGUCUUGAGCGAGAUAGAAGCCAAUCCCCGAGUCAGUAAGAACCUGCUCAUUGUCCGGCUGAACGGACUCCUGCAGACCGACGACAAAAUUGCCAUAGAGGAGAUCACCAGACAGUUGCGACUAGACAACGUGGUCGGCGAUAAAGUCUUUGGUUCCUUUGCUGAAAACCUGGCAUUUCUUCUGGAGGCAUUGAAAAGUGGGAGCGACUCGGCGCAGUCAAUCUUGUUUGUCCUGGAGGAGUUUGAUCUCUUUGCCUAUCACAAGAACCAGACGCUGCUGUACAAUCUGUUCGACAUCUGCCAGUCAGCGCAGACACCCAUAGCCGUCGUUGGCAUCACACGGAGAUUGGAUGUAGUGGAGCUCCUGGAGAAGCGGGUCAAGUCCCGCUUCUCCCAUCGUCACAUCCACGUCUUCAAUUCGCUCACCUUCCCUGCCUACAAAGAGGCCUGCCAGAGGAUGCUGACGCUGCCUUCAGCGGUCGGGGACGCCAAGUUUGUCAAACGCUGGAAUCAAAGCAUUGAGACAUUAUGCAGCAAUUCAACUGUCCAUGAUGUUCUUAAGAAGGCCCAUCAGCUUGACAAAAGCAUCUGUGGACUUCAGUCGCUCUUGCUUCUACCGAUCUGUAGAGUCAGCGACGAUCACCCUGAGAUUCAGCCAGUGGACUUAUUGGAAUCCAGUAAACAUCUCGCUGCUGAUUCCAAAGCAGCUAUGCUGCACGGCAUCUCGGUCUUGCAGUUGUCAUUGGUCAUUGGAAUGAAGCACCUGACAGAGCUGAACGACGGUGAUCCAUUCAACUUUGAAAUGGUGUACAAUGAAUACCUGAAGUUUGUGCAGAGGAAGGCUCACGUUGUUCAGUGUUUUGAAAAGCCAGUCGUGUUAAAGGCUUUUGAGCAUCUGGUUGCCUUGGAGAUUGUGAAGGCUGUCGACGGGCACGGUUCUCGUACACAGAAGGAAUACAGAGCAAUGUCCCUACUCGUCACACCUGCCCAGCUCAUGGACGUUCUCAAUACCCACCCGGGCUGUCCCAGCGAACUGAAACACUGGGCCUCCAACCCCCUACCUUCAUGAUGUCCGACAUGUGCCCGAGACUCGCCUGGGAUCGGCUCACCUGGACCCUCGAACCCUGUCUGUGUUAUGCUAAUAGGCAUCAAGAAACACGAUCAGCAUCAGCGAAGUGUCAGUAACCUGAAAAUGAAACCUGAGGCUUCAACAGAAUCCUCAUCGUACAGUGAGCCCCGAUAAUCAACACCAAGUGGGAACAUUGAUAGUUCUUGGGUGGGAUGUUACUGCUUCAGCUCGUGGAGGUUCAUGCGCUUUCAGCAUGGAACGAGUGGAGCGUACACAACCAAUUUCUAUAUGAAUGCACGGUCAUCGCAUGUGCACCGGGCGCAUAUACGAGCCAGGUUGAAAAAUUUCCCACCAUCCUAUCUCAUCUCUGCUUACGAGGGUGCUCUUCAACCAAGGAGCACUGUUAUUGUAACAUCCUGCUUUAUAACAAGGAAAAUUUUAGGCCCGCCACCGAGUCUGGAGUUUCUGUUUUCUAAUACUGAUAACACAAGGUCCCUCUUAUAACAAGGUAAUUUGUCCCAAAGACCUUGGUGUACAACUUUAUUUGGAGGAUUCUCACAUGACCUAGCAUAUGUACUUGACAGAAAAGGCAAGUUCGCUCCAUUCCAGAUUCCGGAGAAAAACUAAAAUUUUACAGGAAGAGUGGAGGCCCACCAUCUUCCUUUUCUGAACUGGUUGCACGCAAAGCAAGAUGGCGGCCAGUCAGGCUGCACAAAUGCCACUGCUGUUUUCAUACUUGGUCGCUGAUAAUUUCACACACAAAAUCAUUGAAAAAAGUGACACUUUAUUUCAAAAGAAAUGUGGUAUAUUAAAACAGCCAGUCAGUAUUGUGAACACAUCGAGCAUGAAAUUCCUUGUAUUAUCUGUUAACACCUUUUGUUGGUGCCAAGUACACGGAGCACAACCCCUCUUUCUUUGUGAUGUGCUGAUGCUCUGUGCUAUUUACCAUGAUAAGGAACGACUCGUCUGCUUUUCUCAGGGUGACCAUUUCCGAGGAUGUACCCUAUACACUCUGACUCUGUUGGGGUCAUUCUGUUAGGGGCAACAGGAAUCUUCCGAUCUUCUGGGCUCAGAUCAGGAAAAAAAUAAAAACUGUGUCCAUGUUUUCCUUUUUUUUGACGGACGCAAUUAAGGUCCCCGGCUCAUUUCUCCAAAGAUUCCAUUUCAAUCUGGAAUGCAAGUUCUCGUCAGUCCAGCGAUAAACCACAUAACACAGCUCACCACAAGGUCCAUUUUUGGGACACCUUUAUUUACGGGUAAGGAUUAAGAAUGUGAACCACAUGAAUACAUGAAGCAUUUCCCUUAUUCAACAAACAUCAGCAACAGCCUAUACCUAAUCUACAAUACUGAUUCAGCUGGUAUUCAUAAUGAACACAACGUAUGCUACGGGUCUACCAACUACUUCCACAUACUGUACUAUGGCAAUAUUUUACACAUCUUAACUCAAUUUUUUUUGUUCUUUUUCUGUACAUUUACAAUAAUAUACUUUCAGUUUAAAACAGCAAAGGUGAUUUCUUUCUGUGUGGUAUCAUUUUUUACAGGUUCACAGUGUCAAUUCCUGUGGUUUGUGUUUAGUUGUUGAACUGUUACUCAUGAUUACAUGAAAUCACUUUUUUAAAAAACGAAAUUGUGUCAGUUUACAGUCGUCUUCGCUAGCAUGAUUAAGCAAUCUGCUUCACUCUAAAAAUUUCCAAAAAGCGGCUCUAUGUGCCAAAAAUGCACA